AUGCCUGAAACGCAGCCUCUGUGGCUCCGCUGCGAGACCAAGCCCGCCGAGCACCGCUCUGCGCUCACGCCUACCACUGCCAAGAAGCUUAUCGAUGCGGGCUUCGCCAUUACUGUCGAGCGCGACCCCCAGCGCAUCUUUGACGAUGCCGAGUUCGAAGCUGUCGGAUGCACGCUCGCCGAGCACCACACCUGGCCGCAGGCGCCUGAGGACACCCCUAUCAUCGGCCUGAAAGAGCUCGACUCGCCCGGCCCCGAUUUGCAGCACACGCACAUCCAGUUCGCCCACUGCUACAAGCACCAGGAGGGCUGGACCGAUGUGCUCGGCCGCUUCAAGCGCGGCGGCGGCAAGCUCUACGACCUCGAGUUCCUCGAGGAUGCAAAUGGCCGCCGUGUGGCCGCUUUUGGCUGGCACGCCGGCUUUGCUGGCGCUGCGCUCGGCCUCGUCGGCCUGGCCGAGCAGCUCGACGGCAAGACGCUCGGUCCUCAGACGGCCUACCCCAACGAGGCGGAGCUCCUCAAGGUGACCAAGGCCGCUGUCGAGACCAUCCGCAAGCACCGCAGCGAUGGCAAGGUCACAUCGCUCGUCAUUGGCGCCCUCGGCCGCUGCGGCCGCGGCGCGAUCGACUGCCUCGAAAAGUCAGGCCUAAAGUCGGACGAGAUCGUAAAGUGGGACAUCCAAGAGACGUCGCAAAAGAGCGGCCCCUACCAGGAGAUCCUCGACGUGGACCUCUUUGUGAACUGCAUCUACCUCUCGAAGAAGAUUCCCUCGUUCAUCGACAGGGCCUUUAUCGAGUCGGUCGGCGAGCAGCGCCGCCUGGGCAUGGUCGUCGACGUGAGCUGCGACACGACGAACCCCAACAACCCCCUGCCGAUCUACUCGAUCAACACGACCUUUGACAAGCCCACGGUCCCCGUGGAGCUCGCGUCGGGCCUGCCGAAGCUCGAGGUGAUCUCGAUCGACCACCUCCCGACGCUGCUUCCCCGCGAGGCGUCCGAGCAGUUCUCGACCGACCUGCUCCCCUCGCUGUACCAGCUGCCGCUCGUGACCGGCGCUGCGGGCCCCGACGCUGCGGCGCACACGCACGAGGAAGGCAAGGGCGCGGUGUGGACGCGUGCUGAAGACCUUUUCAAGAAGCACCUCGCUGAGGCGGUGGCGAACGGUGCCUAA